UUUUCCCCGUGUUUCACUCUUGCUCUCUCCGCUACAUCUCUCAAUAGCCAACCUAGCGACACCGUGCUGCCACCGUCGUCCCUGUUCGUGCGACCCCAAUCUACACGCCGCAACAGCCGCGCCGCCUCACGCCAGUAAGCUCCUCUCUCUCCAUUUCCCUCUCCGACCACCUUGCCAGUAUGUAUGUUCAGAUGGCUCUAUGACCGAUAGAAUUACAUUGCACAUGCACUCCGCCUGCUUGAUAAAUUUCCUACUGAAGAUAGAAGAUGCACAUCGUUAUGAAAUUGAAAUGGCGAAAUUUUCUUUGGCAAGUUAUCAGAGCCCACAAACACGAACGUCGAUAUUUAUGUCUUUACUGCACAAUGCAGCCAAACCUGCCACCACCCAAUUUGCAGGAGCUAUGCAGUAUUGUUUCAAGUUCAAUUGGUGGAUUAGAUGAACUAGAAUUGAAUCUAAAUAAAAUUUCGGCUUCUUUAACAUCAUCACUAGUGACCCAAGUAAUUGACUCUUGCAAGCAUGAAGCACCCAGUAGAAGAUUGCUGAGAUUCUUUUUGUGGACUCGUAAGAAUUUGAAUUAUAGUUUGGAAGACAAGGAUUAUAAUCAUUCCAUUCGAGUCUUUGCCGAGAAAAAUGAUCGCACGGCAAUGGAUAUAUUGAUUUCAGAUCUUAGGAAGGAGGGUCGGGCUAUGGAUACUCAUACUUUUAGCGUUGUAGCUGAGACAUUGGUUAAACUGGGGAGAGAAGAUGAGGCAUUGGGUAUUUUCAAGAACUUGGACAAGUACAAGUGCCCCCAAGAUAGAGUUACUGUCACUGCAAUUAUUACUGCUUUAUGUGGAAAGGGACAUGCUAGGCGAGCAGAGGGGGUUGUUUGGCACCACAAGGAUAAGAUUUCUGGUGUAGAGCAAUGCAUUUACAGGAGCCUUCUCUAUGGUUGGUCUGAGCAGGAGAAUGCCAAGGAAGCGCGAAGAAUCAUCAAGGAAAUGAAGUCGGCUGGGUUUAUGCCGGAUUUAUUUUGCUAUAAUACAUUCCUUCGUUGCCUUUGUGAGAGAAAUCUUAAACGCAAUCCUUCUGCCCUUGUUCCUGAGACCUUGAAUGUGAUGAUGGAAAUGAGGUCCUAUAAGAUUGUCCCAACGUCAAUUAGUUAUAAUAUCUUGCUUUCUUGUCUUGUAAGGGCAAGAAGAGUGAAGGAAUGUUGUCGAAUUCUUGAGACAAUGAGGAAGUCAGGCUGUUCUCCAGAUUGGACUAGCUAUUAUCUUGUUGCAAGGGUAUCGUAUUUGACUGGGAGAUAUGGUAAAGGUAAUAAAAUAGUGGAUGAGAUGAUUGCAGAAGGGUUGGUACCAGAUCGUAUGUUUUACUAUGAUUUGAUUGGUAUUCUAUGUGGAGCUGAGAGGGUGAAUCAUGCUCUUGAGCUCUUUGAGCGAAUGAAGAGAUGUUCAUUGGGUGGUUAUGGGCCAGUUUAUGAUGUGCUUAUCCCAAAACUGUGUAGGGGAGGGGACUUUGAGAAGGGUAAAAAGCUCUGGAACGAGGCCAUGGGAAUGGGUGUUACUCUUCACUUCUCAAGUGAUGUGUUGGACCCUUCAAUCACCAAGGUUUUCAAGCCAACAAGGAGUUUGGAAAAAGUCAGCCUUGUGGAAUGCACCGCAGCCAAGAAGCUAGUACAAGUUUCAAAUAAUUUUGAAAAGGCCAGCAACAAAAAGAAGAAAAACAAGACCUCUGCUUCAAAAUGAUCAGUUUUUUUUUUUUUUAGUCUCCUUCUAUGAAGCUCUCAUGAGGCUUCUUUUUUUGCAAGCACAUUUAUCAUUAGUUAUUUUUCCCCUGGAUAAUCCACUAGCAAAUGUAUAACUUGAUACGUUAAAAACUGUAUAGUGCAUGUGUUAUUUGAA